AUGGCCACCUUCAGCGCCCUACCGUACGACGUUACUUAUCAGAUACUUGACAACCUUUAUGCAACAGACCUUCGAAGCCUCAAGUCUCUUUCGGCGACGUGUCGUCGAACGCGACAUGAAGCGAUUCCCAUCAUAUUUGCCAGUCUCUAUUUCUACGAAGACGCCCCAGUAUACACCAUUGACAACAUGGUGGGAAGGAUACUUGCAGUACUAAUUAAUCCGCAAAUCCUUGCUAGCGUACGACGAUUUUGCAUGCGAGCAGACGAUGGCAUGCACUUAUCCCUUAUUGUGUCAUCGCUCUUUCGUCUUAUCGCAUCCAUGCCCAACCUUCAUGAUCUCUACUUCGACGCACCAAGAACACUCGCAGCUCACCUUCGAAUAGCCGCAUCCCCACUCGACGUAUUACUCCACGACGAAGAAAUACCAAUGAGUCUGGUCGCAGCAUACUUAGAUGCAAAGCCAUUUGAUACAUCCACUUAUCGACUUCCAUCCGUCCAGAAACUUGUGCUUGCUUCUUGGGAGUGGUCUUUCCUAGCGGACUACUGUCCCCAGAUGCAGAUUCUAGAAAUUGAUACAGCUCUUACCAAAAGCAUGCCCAAUAUCGAGGAACUGGGCUUUCACAGUCCGGUGGCACCUUCAACCAAUGCUCUCACUCAUUUCUCCUCGUUUGGAAACUUGCAUACACUCGCGCUUCCUGACAUUUCCGAUCUGAGGGGCAUUCCGAGGUGGGAUGAAAGUGCCUGUGACCUUUGCAAGGGGAGAGCGAUGAUAAUCAGACAAGAAGUAGCCAAAGAUGUCAUUGAAGCUCUGCAAACCCAGGUGGUCUCUCUAAGAGAGGUUCAAUUUGGCUUCCAUGCUAGACGUGAGGUAUACCAACGGUCGGCUGAUGGCACCUUUACCUACGUCAAGUUACUCUCGAGGCCAUUCUAUUACAUGAUGAAAGAUGAUGUCACACUAUUCGAUCCUCCUCCAAAGGAACCAUCAGAUCGAAAGGGCAAAGGCAAAGCCCAGAAGCCUUUUGGGACAUCGUCCACAUCCGACUCUCCCCCACAUAUCUAUGCACCAUAUGGAGUUCGAAGGCUACAUAGUCCAUUCGAAGCCCAAGCCCCAGGAGGCGCUCACGAACCCCACGGACUAUUAUAG